AUGACUUCUUCUCGUCUCUUCGAGCCACUCAAGAUUGGAAAAUUGACCUUGUCCCACCGCGUGGGCCUAAGUCCCUUGACUCGCUAUCGAGCAUCGGAUGACCACGUCCCUCUGGAAUUCGUGAAAGAAUAUUACGGACAGAGAGCUUCGGUCCCUGGUACUCUACUGAUCACUGAGGGUGUGCUCAUCUCCCCCGAGGAUGGUGGCCACGCCAACGCCCCCGGGAUCUAUAAUCAGAGACAGAUCGACGCUUGGAAGGAGAUUACAGACAUUGUCCAUGCCAAAGGUAGCUACAUUUUCUGUCAACUCUGGGCUCUCGGUCGCGACGUCUAUGCCGACGUCGCCGCCCGCGAGGGAAUCAAAAUAGUCAGCUCGGGCACAAUCGGACUGGACGAGGAGCGACGCCCCACUCCACUGAGCACCGACGAGAUUCAGGACAGGGUCCGCAACUACGCUACAGCCGCAAAGAAUGCCAUUGCUGCCGGUUUCGAUGGCGUCGAGCUGCACGGAGCCAACGGGUACCUGAUUGACCAGUUCCUCUCCGACAGCACCAACAACCGGGAGGACGCGUACGGGGGCAGCGUGGAAAACCGCUCCCGCUUUGCCGUCGAAGCUGUGAGGGCUGUGAGUGACGCCAUCGGGCCGGAGAGGACUGGGGUCCGCUUAAGCCCGUGGAGUACCUACAACAACAUGAGGAUGGCCGAUCCCGUACCGCAGUUUACGGACGUCAUUCGGAAGAUUGACAAGCUGGGGAUCGCAUACGUCCACCUAAUUGAGUCGAGAGUAGCCGGGAAUGUGGACGCUGUGGGCUCAGAAAGCCUUUCUUUUGCUUUCAAGCAGUUCGACGGGCCCGUACUGGUCGCUGGUGGCUUCACGCCGGAAUUGGCGAGGCAGGUGGUCGAGCAGGAUUUUCCGGAAAAAGACAUCGUCGUCAUGUUCGGGAGAUAUUUCAUCUCUACGCCCGACCUUCCUUUCAGAAUCCGAGAGGGUCUGAUGCCAAGUCCCUACCAUCGGGAAACUUUCUACGCGCCCAAGACCAAGAGUGGUUAUAUUGAUUAUCCCUUCAGUCAGGAGUUCUCUCAGCGAAAUCUCUUGACCAAGAGCAUAGAUGCAAAGCAGUAUUAG